GGGCGGCGCACCGCACCUCGGGCCGGCUGCGCGCAGGAGUGGCCCCCGUGGCUCAACCGCACACCACAAAUGCCGCUCCUGCCUGGGGACCACCUGCAUGCGGCCGUCUUGUAAUUUGCGACCUGGCGCCCUCCCCAGCGGCGCGGGGAUGGUCUCCAAGCAGAUGGCCGAAGAGGAGGAGGGGAUGCUACACGGUGGCAGGGAAGCCAUGCUGAGCGGCUUGCACGUCAUGGGUUCUCACUUCACGGGCGCCACCGACGAGGAUGAGGAGCUGAUCCCUGGAAAGCCGGUCUUCACAGGGCUGAAGUUCGAGGACGAGGACAGCCAAGCCACGGCGCGCCGUGUGGGCUACGCGUCGCUCGCCUUGGCUGGCUUAGCGCUCUUACACGCGAUGCUUCAGGCAGCCUGGCGCCACGAGGUGAUGAACACGACGCUCCACCUCGUUCUGGGUCUGCUGCUGCCCCUCGUCGGCUACCGCGGCGCCACCCUGGACCACGGCACACGCUGGCGGCCGCGGCUGCUCUGGGCCUUCCACGUAGGCAAUGUCAUCUUUGUCAUUGUGCACGCGGUGAUGCUUGCCACCGUUGUCAUGAAGGCAAACGGGAGCAAAUGUCAGACUUGUGGAGUGAUGGAACGAGCAAAUACCCAUAUCUGUAAUAGGAAUGGUCUGCGCCGAAUGGAAAUACAACCAUUGAUGUUAUGCGGCAGUUCUGUUGGAUAGCCAAAAGCAGGUGGACGUGUUGCUUUGAGCCCAGUUUGCCACAGUGCUCUUCUCACGUUGUUUUCGCAUGACUACGCCACGACCAUGAAAGUUCACAGGUUGGCCAUGGUUGCAUCUGCCGUGGCCCGUAGGUACGCAUCCGUCGCGCACGGAUGUUGGAAACGAGUGGGCGAAUCCGUCAUGCCUACGGCACGCCCAGGCAACAUGUUCUUCAUUCGAAUCGUUGAUUGCUGUGGACGCCAAUUCGGGGCUGGUAUUCUUCACACGGUUGCCAUUAAACGUGUGGCACGGGCCAGGGCCUGCUUCACGCGUGAAGCGUUUUCCGCGCUCCAUCUCCGAAAUGGCACACUUGCACGCCGUCAAGCCCUUGUGUGAGAAAUUCUUUUUAUGAUUUGGAUAAACAUAAGCGCGCAAGCUGAAGCUGCCGAGAUUUCCGACGUAUCAUUGGGCAUGGUGCCGGUUGAAGAAUAUUGCAUAUAUUUCCGGGAGUGCUCAUGUUUCUGCCUUUUAGGUCAUAUCGGGCGCAUGUUUCCCGCCACAUCUCGACAACAAUACCCGUUUCAAGUUUGCGAUACAGUUCUGCCAUUUCAUCCUUAGCAAGGCC